UAAACUAAUUAUGCUUGUGUUAAACCAAAAAAGGUGAAAAAAAGAAAAAAGAAAAAGAAAAAAACAGAGGCUAGUCAGGAGCAUACGUUUCCCUUUAGCUGCUUCUGCGAAAAAAACAGAGUGAGAGCCUUUUGAGUGUUUGGGGGAGAGUCGCAGAGAUUGCAGAGUUUUAACCACGCGAGGUGUGACUUUGGUCAAGGAACGGGGACCGUAUACAAUAUAGAAAUAGAAAGAAUAGACAAAGAAAAGCAGAGCUCGUGAAUCCAGCUGUAAUCAACACCUGCUGUCGCUCAUAUCACUGUUUGACAAAGGAUAAAGGUUAAUGGUCAGAUAAGAUUCCCUGUUACUAUCAAUUAAGAGGGAAGCAGCGGCAAUAUUUGAAAGAUGAAAAGAAGAAAAGGCAGACAUGUAUAUGUAAAUCAAAAUCAGCAGCACAUAUGCAAAUAUAAAAUAAGUACCUUCUAAUGCUAAAAGCAGGGGAGAUGCCUUCGAAGUUCAAACAAGAUAAAAAGGAAGAGUGAUGAGUAUGGAGGGUGCUUUGAUUCUGCUUUGAUUUUAGUUAAGCGAACGCUUCUCUUCAAUUGAUUCCAACCCAAGGGCCGAUUUCAGUACCAGAAACAAGGCAAAAGGGCAGUAAUUGUUAGCAGUUGUUAAAAUCAUAUCAUAAUGAAAAGAAAAGCCGGAUGUAUAAACCAAAUAAAAUGAGAUGCAUGUUAAGGGAAUAUAUGAUUAGUACCUUUCUAGCUUUAGAUUUCCUUUAUAAUGUUCAAUGUUGGAACAAGAAAAUAAGAUCUAUUGGCAUGACAGAGGAAAAUUGUCUUAAGAGUGGAAUCGAUCGGUGAUCAGUUCGCAGGAAAGGGUUGUAAGAUUGAGCUUUGGUUUUGGCAGAGAAAUGAAAAUGUGGAAGUUAGGGAUUUUUCUUGGCAUUAUACCUUCUCAUGUGCAUGUGGGGCUAUCAACCCGUUCUCAUUUGGACUUGCUUUUUCAGGAAGGGGCUAAAAAUCAGUUUGGGUGUUUCUACGAAAGCUCACAAGGGUCAUAAGGAGUUCUGCUGAUGAAGCCAUUCUUCAUUAUUAAAAUUGCUUCGUCGCCAUUUUUAUGAACUCUCUUUUCUUCCAUAACUUUGUUUCUCCUCCGCAAGCUUUAAGAUCUUAAUUUUCCAGUUAUUUUUGCACCGAAGUUAUACCCUGCGCAAGGACUAAGGUAAGGAGCUAGGUUUGCCUGCUUUCUUGUUACUUUGAUCAUAUAAUUUUUCAAGAUCAGAUUAAGUUGAAAGAUAGAGUCGGAAGAAAAGUUAGUGAAAAAUAGAGUACAGGUAAAUGGAAAGAUACCAAAAAAAAUAUGCAAAUUUAUUAUAAGUUUUAUAUUUUAACUUAAAACCUUUUAACAUGGGUAUUCAAGGGAGGAGAUUAAUUUGGGGUAAAAAAGAUAUAUAAUAGUAAUAGAUAUAACUAUAGUUGUCAAAAUCGUGAUUUUACUUGUAAAAUUGCACAAUGUUGUGAUUUUACCUAUGUAAUUCGUGUAAACUCAAAAUCAGGAUUCUAUAAACUCAGAACAGUAAA